GAGCCGGGAGGACUACAUGGCUCAGUGGUGCAGGUUGGUGGGCGGUGAAGGGCUGCUGCUCGCGCGGUUGCCCCAGUACCCGCCCACCGCGACUUCCUUCCUCCCCGCCACCAUAACAACGCGCAUCGACCGACUUUUUCGCUUCACGCACAAACACACACUUGGGCACACUUUCUACUUUCUCGUCACCUACCGCAAUGGCACCUACGGAGCCCUAUCGCGGAGCUAUUUCGCUCGCCAGCUCGAAAUACGCGUCGCCAUCGGCCACCCGGAAGGCCUUCACGACUAUGCCCUCCGCUGUGUCCCCAGUCACCAAGGCGCCAGUCAACACCGCUGGGGCUAGCAACGCAAUCGCCACCAAGGAGCAAGUCGCGGCAGCCGCCAAGGACGUGACCACCCAUACGCCCUACAACGCCGACGCUCAGCUUGCCAUGGCGCAAGACGAGGCACUCAAGGACGAGGUAGAGAAGCAUAGUGCCAAAUUUGCCAAGUCCGUCUCCAGCGCCGUCAGCAACACCCGCCGACUCCUCACCCUGAUCCGCGACUCCGUCAAGGAAGGCGGCGAUGAAGCAUCGGCCAGCCUAAAGUCCGUCGACACCCUAUGGCAAGAGCUAGAGCAGCUCUUCGAGGCCGCUCAAAAUGCCAAGAGCGCUCUACCCGACUUCCUCGAGAAGCAGAAGGGCAAUAUGAGUCUGUACCAUAACUCCGUCAUUAACGAGACCAUCCGAGAGACUCAGGAUGAGCUCAACCUACAGCAUAAAAAGGUCAACAUCCAGCACUCGCUGAUUCUGGAGCGUCAGCAGGCCUUCCUGGACCACAAGGCACAGACGGAUGCGAAGCUCAAGGAGUUCACCGAGCUCCAAGAGCGCGUCUCACGCCUGACCCUCGAUAAAGGACUCCUCCGCACCGAACUAGAUAACGUGCAGCAGCACCUGGACGAGGAGCGUAAAGGCAAGGCUGAAGGCCUCCAGAAGGCUGGCUCCUUGAAGAAGGAAGUGGAGGCGCUAGAGGCGACGAAAGAGAAGUUGGCCACGGAAGGAGACACGCUUCGUGCCACUAUCAGUGACUUGCAAGACAAAGUAAAGGCCGCCGAGCACAAGGCAACUGAUCACUACGAGAAGGAGAUCCGACGGGUUGGCGAGCAGCUCGCUAAGGAGCAGCACAAGGCGACAGCACUCGACACCCUCGUCAAGGCCCUGCAGAAGGGCGACAACUCUGCCAAGAAGGAAGUGGAGAAGUUGAGGACGGAGCAGAAGCUACUCCAGGACAAGUACAACCAUCAGAGCGCCGAAUACUCGAAGGCCUUCACAGUAAGUGAUCACACCUUAAUCAAAACAAGAUGCUAACCUUCGCCACAGAACCUGAACGAGCAGACUAAGAAGGCUAACGCACUGGCUGCCGACGUCGAGCGUUUCGGGAAGCAGAACGGUGACCUCAAGAAGCGACUA